GCGGGUAGUUUGUGUGCUCAGUUUCAUUUUUAUUCUGUAUGCUGCUUCGAGAAGUUGCUAUUCUUUGUUUGUGUGAUGGAGGAGUAAUUUAACCUCUAUUAAAUUUAGGUUUGAAUUUUACAUAUCCGCCUGUCCGGAUCUAAUCCUGUCGCAUACUAACGCGUUUUCAACCAGUUUUAACUCCUUAUACUAUCCAAGUCAAUUAUGAGCUCGUAUUCGUCUCCGCGAACCGUUAAUGAUGCAGACAGUGAUAUGGACUUUUCCAUUUAUUCGCCUAGUAGCGAGUUUGAUUUGGAUUUCACGUUCAGAUCUUUAAAGAAAGGAGCUUAUAAUAAGGAAGAAGAUUUAAAUCGUAAACAUUUCAACUCACCGGAAUCAUUACUCGUUUUAACAGCCAAAGCAAUCGCUCUACACUUCCCAUUUGAGGUUGUUGAAUCCAGUCCAGUUACUGUGCCAGAAGAAUUGCAAAGACUUAUAGCCUUUCAUAGCUUUCCAACUGAUGAAGAUGAUAUAUGGUUGUAUUCCUGUCUUAGCAGUGGGGGUUCAUACGAAUUUGAUCAAGGUGAAGCAUUGUGGGCUGAUAAAGCUGUUAAAGAAUGUGUUCAAAUCGGAUUUCAUCUGAGCGCAACUGUAUUGACAAGUCUUCAUAUUGCACCUGCUUUUGUACCUCCAGCGAAUAAUGAGGAGAAUGGUACAAAUAAUAAUAAUAAUAAUAAUAAUAAUAAUAAUAAUAAUAAUAAUAAUAAUAAUAAUAAUCCUAGUUCCAUUGGUCAUUUCAUUCCAUAUGUUAUCAAUCCUAAUCCAAAUGAUGCACAUCGUGGACAGUCGAAUUUUGAAAAUUUUGGGACUGCAAAUGAAAGUACUGUCAAUAACACUAAUAAUAAUAGUAACAAUAAUAGAUUACGAAAACGUGGAAUUAAUAUUGAGCCUGAUUAUCCUGCUCAUCGAGUUUCAUUGACAUUCGAUCGACAGAGAAUAACUUCAUGCUCAUGCACGUGUACUUUCGGUUUAGAGGAAAGAUGUACAGCUGUUGCAUCACCUUCAAAUUUUGGAGAUAAUAAUAUGAUAAAUUUAGACUCCACAGAAAACGUUAGUAAUUCUAUCAAAUCAAAUUCGUUUGCCUAUCAACCAAUGACUGGAACAGAACCAAAUUCUGGAACUCUGUGGCAAUUUGGUGCUAGAAAUAGAUCAAUUUUUACAAAUUCUCAUAUUAACUCACGCCAAAUAUCUAGUCAACUUAAUAGUUAUUUUCCAAAUAGUAAUUGUUUAUCAAAAAAUUCAUGUAAUCAAACAUCUCCCAACAGUCGUCGUUCUUGGUUGUUUAAUCAACAUAUUGUAAAUCAAAAUAACAUACGUAAUGAUUUAAUGCCGACAAAUGGGCAAAAUCCUACAGGAACAUGGUGUUCACAUGUUGUUGCCACAUGUUUAAUGCGUAUUCGACAACCUGAUAAAGUUUUAUUACGUGCUCCUAUAUCAGAGUCUCUGUCAAAAUUAAGUAGAGAAGAUUUACAAAAAUUUGCUCAAAAUUUAAUUUGUCACGUAGGCCCUAGAAAGAUUUUACCAGCUGCACAGCUUAUUCUAGACCAGUUAUUGGCUGCUACAAAUAAUCCUAUUAAAAAUUCUGCUGGAGCACCUGAUCCAACCGUCGGUGGAGCUUUGGGAGAUGCAGCAGCGUGGUGUUUUGAUGGUGGUGUAUUAGAAGAAAAAUUACGAGUUACACUGCGUAGAUUUUGGGCUCCACGACCUGUAUUAUAUAGUGAUAUUGGAUCACUAAGUUUUAAUUCACCUACGGAAGUAGAGAAUUUUCACUGUAUACUUCGUUCUUAUCGUGCCAACGAACCACGUGGCCUUUGGGCAUUACUAUCAUUUAUUAGAGAUAUGAUGAGAAGACAAGAUAAUAAUGGUGUUUUACUCUUAGAAAUUGUUACACGAUGCAUUUUAGAUAUGAAUGAGGUUAUGUUUUGGUGGUGUACUGUUCAAACUAAUCCUUGUCACUUUCCUGAAAGUGUAUCUGUUCGUCAAAAACAAACUCAGUGUGUUGCUGUUUGGUUAUGUGAAGAAAUUGUUCAACUUUGGAGUUUAGCUUGUUUAAAUCCCGAACUUCGACCAAUUUUAAAUUAUGUCAAUCAUAAAUCAUUGUCACCGUCAUCAUCAUGUGGAAAUGGUUUAUUUUCUACUGAAAAUUGUAAAUCUUAUUCAGAUUGUUGUUGGCUUUUACAAAAAAUUGCUCAUAGACUACAAGCAUUUCAUGCAUUCGCUUUAAAACAAGCUGAUAUUCAAAUAAAUUUAACAAGUACUGCUAAAAAUUCUAUGACUAUGGUUUGGUGUGAUACAUUAGGCAAUGGAUUAUUUCCUAAUGAAAUAUCUUCUCAAGACGAUUCUGAUAUAAUACCAAAAAAUAUUUCAUUAUUUUCGGGAUUUUUACCGGCUCUUGCAGCUUGCAGACUUUCAUGGUCUUCCGAAGUUCCACCUACAUAUGGUCUUUCCAGUACAGAAUUUCUAAAAUUUAUGCCAUUAUUUUCUGGUGCACAUGUAAAUAGUGAUUCUGAAACAACAAAUUAUGCAGAUAUGAUUUUGAAUUUUUCAAAACAUUAUUACAAUUCAUUACGAAGUAACAAUAAUAAUAAUAAUAACAACGGUAAUCAUAGUCAUAAUUGUCCAAUGCAAUUAGAUAAUUAUUGGAGUAUAGAUCAAAUGAAUUCACAAUUAUUGAAUAAUCUUCCUUUACCUGAAAAUCAUAUUGAAUUUGCUUUUACAAGAUUUCAAGCACUUAACGCUCAUGGUUAUACCGAACAAGCCUUACAUUGGGCACGUUUCCUAGCUCUUCUAUUACUAUAUACCAGUAAUGAAUUUAUCAAUGACUGUGAACAAGUUUCUUUUGAGAUUGUUGGCAGAGUAAAAUAUCAGUCUUCUGAAACUAAUACUACUAAUCAUGUAGCUAAUAUCAGUCGAAACACAGACAAUUCACAUAGAACUAAUCAACAAGAUUCAUGUCCUGCUAACUAUCAGUCUAAUUCACGCGGUCAACAGAAAUCAGUGCCUGCAAGUACAGUGUCAAGUUCAUGGAGUUCAAAUGGUAUACCUGGGGGUAUAGGUAAUAGUAGUGGUGGUGUUGGUAUAGGCGGUAGUUCAAAUCCUCGAAAGAAUUCACGAAAUGGACGUUCUAAGAAAACUGGUGCAUGUUCAAACACAAAUAAUCCCCGAGAAGCGACAGAAAAAUUUACAAAUUCAAUUAAAUUACAUCCAUUAGGUAAAAAAUUAUCCAUUGAUUACACUAAAAAGGCUAUUCGUUGGUUGGAUCAAAUACGUUGUAUCAUGGAGUGCCUUUCAAAUGCACACAAGGAACGUAUCUUUAGUAUGCCGAAUUCUUCAACCAAUGGAAAUAUUUUCUUCCCUAAAUCAACACGCUUUGAUAAUACAAAUAAUAGUACUAAUAACAAUGAUAGUUGUAUAAAUAAUAAUAGUAGUAAUGCUAACCAUAAUACCACUGAUCACAGAAAGCAAACAGAAACUAACAAUAUUGAUUUACAUAGAUCUUUUGAUAUAUGGGAAUGUAUUGAUAUUGAGUUGAUUUUUCGUCUUGGAUUUUGUGCAUUGAAAUUUCCUCGACCACCAUGUUGUAGUCCAUUAUUAGAAGUGAAAUUAUUUGUUAUAGAAAUUACAUUACUUACUCGACUUUGUUUUUUACCGAUUCAUCUUGCAUGUCCACAUGUAAUAUCAAGUAUACGUAGUGAAGCUAAACAAUUAGCAUCAAAUUUAACAUUACAUCAAAAAGAUAUUCAUGUCCCAUUUAAUUUGGCCACUUAUUUAUUUCAUCAGUUGGUCGGUGUAGUUCGAUCGUAUGGGAAUUAUUUACCACCACAAUCAGCUAAUUUUAUCCCACCCAUUCAUCAAGAUACAGAAAAUGUUGCACCAAAUAUUAAUGUUUCACUAAUGGAGAAUUUUUUCGCUUAUCCAGUAUUGUCAACUGGUGCAGUACUAGCUGGAAGUGGUCUACCAUUAGCAAUGGACAUAUAUAAUUCCACUAAUGGAACUACUACUACUCAUUUGCCAGGAUCGGAAAAAAAUGAUCAUCCUAUCAAUGUUCGUAUAGCAUCAGAUGGAGAACUAGGUUUACAAUCUGUCUUAUCAGUAUUGGGUGUAAAAUCUCGUGUGCCGGAAAGAUUAUUCACUUAUUUUAUUGAAGGUCAACGUGCUCAAGAAGAUGCCUUAGCUGUAUAUCUGUUUCGUAUGUAUCGAGAUGAUAUAUCAAAACUUGAUCGAAUUCGUGCACGUUUACUUGAUCGCUACUAUAAUCCAUACUUUAAAUCUCCGCCUUUAUGGGCUUGUUUAAGUUUGGGAUCUCAUGAAUUAAUGAAUUUUCAAACAUCAAAUCUCGACUAUAAUUCAGUUCCUGAAGUAGUGGUAACAAGUAAAAUUGAAAAUAAAUUGAAUGUAUCACAAAACACCUGUGUACUGGUCGCUUCAACAGUCUCACUUGAACUAAAUAAUUUAUCACCGAAUGGUAAUAAUAGCAGCAAAACUCGAGAUGUAUUAAUUUUGUCUUCACCUUCCAACGCAAUCACUUCCAAAUUAAAUGAUAAUAAUUUAAUGGAUAACAACACACUACUAACUUAUGCUAGUGAAGAUCAAAAACAUUCUUCAAUAAUUAAACCUAAUAAUACGGUGGAAAAAAUGGCUGAUGACGAUAAUAGCGUCAAUAGCAGUAGUGUUCAUCAAGGGAACAAAAAUGAUAUAUGUCCUAAUUCCAAUAAUACAACAGAUUCAUCAGAUGUAGAUAAUAUUGGUAAAUUAUCUGAGAAUGAUAAACCAUAUGCUCCGGCCAAUAAUGGCAAUAAUAAUAAUACUCUCUGUUCGUUUGAUCCACUAUCGAUUAGUGAAGAUACAGAUACUUUAUCUGACUCAAAACUGGAUAAUUUACACUGUACUACUCUGUAUGAUGUUCGUAGAAAAAUAUCGCGUCAUUUGAACACAACUGAUACUACUACUAGUGCACCGGAAACAACUAGCAGUGAUAAUUCACCUGCUGUUACGCGUCGUUUGAUACUGAUUGGUGCUAAAUCAUCCGAAGCUCAAACAACAGAAAGUAGCGAUGGUGGUGGCGGUUGUGGAGUGAUUGCUGAACGUUACAAACAAUUGUCGUCGACUUUAUUGGAUCCAGUGAUAAUUAAUAAUAAUAAUAAUAAUAAUAAUAAUAAUAAUAAUAAUAAUAAUAAUAAUAAUAAUAAUAAUAAUAAUAAUAAUAAUAGAAUUUCUUUAUACGGAACUGAUAUUUCAGAUGAAAGUAAAGAUUAUAUUCAACGUAGUGAUAAUGUUAGACAAGUUUCUACAGUAGAUGACAAUGUCAUACAAUCACCUUUCUCUUCAUUCUCUGAUGAUGAAGUUGAUGAUGGUGAUGACGAUGAGGAUGAUGAUGACAAUGAAUGUAUUCCUUCUGAGAUAGUUACAAAACAAUCUGUUGCUAAUAAUAUGGGAGUUAGUAAUGAAAAUAAUAAUAAUAAUAAUAAUAGUUUACGGACAAAUUUCGUUCAGUCUGUGCCAAACAAUACUUAUAUCCAUUCAGGAUCUAAUUAUGAAUCUAGAAAUAAUUCAAAAUUUAAUUUCACGUCAAAAAUUUCAACGUGUUCUCUUCCUAUUAGAAAUUUAUCUACUGCAACAGGUCCAUAUCGUUUACGCAUAGGUUGGCAUUCACAUCUUAAACGUCCACCACCACAACCUUUAUCCGAUUCAAUGGCUUUUCAUGCAUUUCAAUUAGCUGAAACAAUUCGUGAAUGUGCUGGUGGCCCAAGUACCAGUGGAUCUAUGUUUGUAGCUGAAACUGAAGCAAACGAUACUGUUCAUCGUAAUCUCCAAUUAAUAUCAUUUCAAUUAGGACUUUAUGGCUUAGGCUUAUUCAAUCGUCUUUUGCCUUCUUGGCAAAAUCGUACAUUCUCAAGAAACGGUGGAUGGAUAAGUCAACAAGUAUUUGAAAUCGGUAUACCGGCUGCUUGUAUUUUAUAUCAUUCUUGGCAACAACAUCUUACAGCUGCAGAACUAACCGCUAUCUCAUUUCAAUUAUCAAGAACAAACAAUCGUUCUCUUGUUGAUGUUGCUGCAGAGUUAUGUCUUGCCAGUUUAUCAUUAUGUACAGCGUUAAAACCACAAGAAUUAUACAGAGCAUUAGAACAAUGCGGUGAACAUUCAAGUAAUACUUUAGAACGUGGUUUAUUAUGCGUCGAACGUAGCGCUUAUCAAUCAUCACAUGAUAUUUUACCAGAGAUAUAUUUUUUUAUAGCAAGAAGUUGGUAUACUUUAUAUCAUUCAACCAAUAAAGAAUUUGAACAAGCACUGAAUUCAUUGGAAUCCUUUAAUAAUUCCAACCCGUCAUCAUUGAAAAUUCGAAACGAUAACGAGAAUUUAUCCAUGUUCAAUAAAAAUAAUACUACAAAUACAAUUUUAUCUGACUCAAAUAUUCAUGUUUAUCCUAAUUUAACGAAUUCAAUUCAGGAAUUGACUAAUAACGAUAUUAAUAAUAAUAAUAGCAGUGUCACUAAUAAUAAUAGUGCUAUUAGGAAUAAUGCUACUAUCAAUACCGCUAUCACUACUACUACUAUUAAUAAUAAUAGUAAUAAUUCUAUCACAGAAAUGUCAUUAGUUUCAGAUUCGAACCAUGCAACUAGUGAUAAUAAAAGUAACAAUAAUAAUUCUAGCAAUGGUAUCAAUUUAACCAGUAAUGAUUUAGUUAAUGCUUGGUAUUAUUAUCAGUCGGUUAAUUUAUUGCCACAACCGAUUGUACGAGGUGAUCAACAACCUCAUCAUCAGCAUCAAGAGCAACCAAAUCAAUUGAUGUAUAAUGCCUCCAUGUUGUCCCCUGUGAAUUUUAAUUAUGGUGGUCUCCCACUUGGUCAACAACAACAUCAAUACGCAUCAUUUCCUUAUUAUAUGAAUGUGCUCAGUUUACAAACACCUCAGUCAUUAUCACAACAACAGACAAAUAAUAAUUUAUUGAAAAACAAUAACCCACAAUUACAGUCUACAAAACCACCAACACAACGACAACAGUCUGCUCAUCCACCACCUCAUCAUCAUUUACCGUAUUAUUUGCCGCAAUCUCAACAUAUAAUAUCACCGAUCCAAUCUAAUGUACCGUACUCAUUUGGAAUGUCAUCUCUACCUCCAAUGGGACCUGUACAAUCGCCUAGUAAUUAUUUUUUACAUCCACAGUUUAUUCCAAAUACUCCUCUUCCAACACCAUCAUCUUCUCAGUCAAUGAAUAUGAUUCCAAGUGGUCCAUUUGUCACUAUUCCACAUCAUAUAAAUCCAUCUACUUCACUGUCUCCAACUGUUGGGACUAACGUUCUGCCCUGUAAUUCGUAUCAAGCUUAUUCAAUGGAUCAAGCAAUGGAACCAUCAUUGUACGGUUUUAAUCCUGCAAUGACCUUACCAGCUGUUCAUCAAUCCAUGGUCUGUAACGUACUUGGUACUCCAUCUCAGCCACAAGUACAAGUACAGCAACAACAACAACAUCAAACCGUUGAGCCGGUUACGUCAUUAGCACCUAUAAACACUAAUAAUAACAUACACAGUACUAAUAACAAUUAUGUCAAUAAUGUUAAUUUGAAUACACUAUCUGAUAGUACAGUUAUUUCAGUCAAUUCACUAUCAUCAGUUAUAUCAUCUGCGUUAACAUCAACUCGUCAGUUGACAACAUCAAAUACUGCUUCUAGUUCUGUUGUUGUACAUCCAUCUAUGUCUGAUCAAGGAUCGAUUGUAUCUGAAGGUGAUUCUUGUCGAUUAGCUGAAUCUGUAGCAGAUGGAUUAGGCGAUGAAAACAAUCCAUAUUCUAACAAUAGUAAUUCUUCCGGUGAUUUGUCAGUGAAUAGUAACAAUAAUAAUAAAGAGAAAUUGUCAAGUAUUACAGCGAAAUCAACAGUCAGUGAAUUACAAUCUUUAAAGUUGAAAGCACAAGCUUAUUUAAUUCGAGCAUUUUUCUGUGCAAAAUGUGCCAUUAAGAAGAUAUCAGCUAACCAAUCUAAUGUGAAUACAAAUUUUACUCGUCAAAAUCCUAUUACUGUUUCAAUGCCAUCAAGAAGUAUGCGAGGAAAGCAUCAUCAUUAUCAUAUGCAACAAAGCCAUCGUGGAAAUUCAACAAAUCAUUCACAACGUAGACAUUUCAUGCAAACUGAUACUAAUAAUACUAACAGUAAUUGUAUGCUUUCAACUAGUACACGAAAUACCAUAAUAACAAAUGAUCAAAAUAAUUGUUUACCAUCGGAGAAUUCAUCAUCAUUAUUUCUUAUACCUGGUGCAUCAUCACCUUGUAGAGCAUCGAAUCAAGUCAGAAUAUCAUCAGCUAAUGUUAACUCAGAUUUUAAUUUGAUCAAUGCUACUACUUCUACUACUACUACCACUACUAAUACUAAUACCAAUUCAAAAUCAUGUAGUGCACAUAUACUGUGGACUUUAGAUGUCGCCAGUAGUUUAGGUCCGUUGGCUGUGAAUGAAUAUUGUGAUUUAGUUUUACAAUGUGUCAAUUGUCCUUUGUUAAUGGAACAAAUCACUUCGAAAGUUAUUGACUAUUUUGAAAAAUAUACAAAAACGCAUACACCAUCUUGUAGCGUUAAUAAUGGCAGAGGCGGCCUAGCCAAUAUGCAACAAACCUACAUCGAUGUUUCCUCACCAAAUAGAGGCAUUUCUGAUAACAGUGAUAAAAAUUUAAACUUUUGUUCAAAUAUAUCUCAAAAUUUUGUCAAUCAAUCUCAUAUUCCUAAUCAGUUAUGGACGACUUCAUUGGCCUCUGUUAUUCCUGCAUCUAAUUGGACAACCAAUUCCAAUCCCCAUAAUCUGCACGAUGUUGUUCAUCCUCUGAUUUCUUUACCUUUUCCUCAUUCUGAUCCCAAUAACAUGAAUUCCACGUUUAAUUAUCAUUCUUUCAUACCACCAUCAAUACUUCCACCGAAUAAUCCAUCUUGGUCACAUUCGUCUGUACGACCUGUCAGUUAUCCUAUACUACGACAGAAUUUAUGUUCUAAACAAUUACAGGAAAACAUUUGUCGUUUUAAACAAAUGAAUUUAAAUUCUGAGUCAAAUAUAAAUGCUAGUCCGUACAUUCUUUCCAACAAUAAACCAAAUAAUUUAAAUGUUGGUUUAAAUCAAUUACCUUUUUAUAAUCAGCAGACAAAUUUAUGGCCAAUCAACCCACUGUCUUGUAUUCGUCCUGUUCCUGCUCCUCCACCCCAUACAGUAACACCUAGUCCUCUGACACAUCAUCAUCAAAAUGACUUGUAUCUGAAUUCAGUGAUGACAACAGCAACAACGGGAACACUAGGAAUUCAUCAUGACAGUUACACCACAAUAGAUGAAUCAAUAAAACCAAAAUCAGUUGAAUUUAGCGGUAGAGAUGUAAUAGAAAAUUUGAUUAAUCAUACACACACAUUAUUUCAAAAAUAUAUUGAUCAAAGACUUCAGUAUAUUGGACAAAGUCAAGCUGAGUGGGAUGAAUUCGUUGAUUUAAUUUUAAAAGCGUAUAACGUUCACUUAAGUAUGCCCGCUAUUGAUUGCGGUUUACAUUGGAAUAACUUACUGACACGUAUUCGUCGUCAUCAAAAGUGUAGUCCAGCUUUGUGGCAGCGUAUUUUAGCUGGUAUACAAACCGCUGAUUUAAAAAGAUCAACUUAAAUUCUUUUCAAUCUUUUUUCGUUUUAAUUGUUCGUUGUCCUUUGCUCAUAAUUUCCUUUCUCAUUGGCAGUUGUUAUUUAUAUUCCUUGUGUGUAUGUGUUGACAUCUUUUUCGUUAUCGUAAUCACAUAAUUUUGUUUACAUCUUGUUCAGGAUACAUUUAUUCCAUAACUCUUUGUGUAUCUCUGUGUUUUAAUUCAUGUCCUCAGUACUCUCAGUUGUUGUUAACAUAUCUAAAACAGUUAUCUUCAUUAGUUAUUUUCAUCAUAAUUUUCAAUUUAGUAAAAACGCACGUACUCAAUAUAAUUUGAUUGUAAAACAGACAAAACAGUUGGGUUGAUUUAAUAUGUAAACAUGAACAACAAUCCUCUAUUCAUACACACAUGCAUCCUCGCAUACUUAUCCUUAAUGAUAGUAAUAAUAAUUAUUAUUAUUAUAAUUAUUAUUGUCAUUGUUAUUAUCAUCAUACUAUCUUCCCAUCGACAUUGUAUCUGCACACGUAUACGUAUAUGUGUAUGCAUAUCAGUUUAUAUUUCAUCAGUUUCAUCUUCAUUUUGAACAGUUAUAAAAUGUUACGUUACAAGCACUUUUUGCCAAAAAGUUCUGCCUUUUUUGUUAGUCUACGUUAAGCUAAAAGCAUGCAAACAUACAAUAUAUUAGACUAAUUGUCAUUGGAAACAGAAAAAGGCAAACAUGGUCACUUAUCCUAAUUGUUUUCUUCUUGUUGGUUGUUUCUAUUGUGUGUUUGCGUAUCAGCACAUUAACGCACAUAAUCUUCUUUUUUUAUAUUUAUCAGUGUAUUCAGGGUUUUUUUUGGGGGGGGGGGAAGACGACAUAUCACCCCUCAUCCUCUGUAUGUAUAUUCGUAUAGUUCAUAUCUCUAUGCUUUAAAUUGGUUGUAAAUGUAAUUUUCAUCGUCGUCGUCAUUGUUAUUAUUAUUACAAUUAUUUUUAUCGCUAUUUUUAGCAUAUAUUAUUUGCAUUUGCUCAGCAAACUGUUAUUACAAAAAUUACUACUUUUUUAGAAAAAUCGUUACGUUGCUUCGUUUUGUUUUUCUUCCAAAGGAAAAAAAACAGUCAAUGGUUUUCAUUUCGAUAUGAUGUGAUGCUUCUCUGUCUCCCUUUUUCUUUUAACUUUUAUGAAUAAAUAGGAAAAUAAAUGAUUGCUUGGUCAGCAAAAUAAUUUCCAGUGAAUAAAAUAGUUCAACUUUCCUUUUUUGUUUUUUUCUCCGUAUUUUUUGUUGCAAAUUUUUUAUAGUUUUUUCUCUGUCUCAUGCUUCUCUAAAGAGAAAGGUGUAAACAGUAUUGGACGUGAUAAUUCUUACAUUUCAGCAUUGAAACACUCUAAUAGUUGCUUGUUUUAAUGAUUAUUAUUAUCAUUGAACAUGCAGAUACUGCUAGAUAGACAAUGUGUCGUACUGAAUCAAUUUAUUUUAUCCAUUUUAACACAAUGAUUUAGAUGUAAACCAAUCUCUGUAAAUGCAAAGUGGUAUAUUAAGAUAAAUGGUGUACAACAAUUAACUCGUGAUAAGUGUUGAAAGUUGAGAAUUAGAUGAAAGUAUUAAUAAAGCCAUUCCAAAGGUAUCAUUUUUCUUUAUUUGCAUGAAUACAGAGCCUUUGAAUAAAA